AUGAACUCGGAAAAUCUAUCGCAGAAUUUAAAGAAGCAUAUGCAAAGCUUAUUAAUAAGGAAAUCCGACAUACCCUAUUACAACCAAAACAACAUCGUGGAUAUCAUCACCGGGGUCCUGGACAAAUAUUCGGAUGCGAAUACGAACGAAAUUAAUGUCGAAAAUGCCAUAAAAAACAUAAAAGAAAUUUUGGACAAAAGCUUUGGAGCCGGCUGGAUAUGCCUGAUUGGGGAGUCUUUUUCUUUCAACAUCUCGGCGAAGGGCUAUUUAGCUAUCGUGGUGUAUAAAUGCUGA